CCCCCAAAUAUUUAUUUUGAUGACAUGGAAAAUCAAUAUGGGAGGCGAAAAGUAUAAGUGAUACGACGUUUAAUUUGAUGCUGACGUGGCAAAAUCACAAAGGCCAUGCCACUGGACUAACUCUAGCCAGAGCUCGAAUCCAAAAAAAUCCUCCGGCUGGCCACGUGCUUCCAACAUCGCACCCCCACCACUCUCCGGCCCCUGCUCCACCUCGGACUCCGAUUCCGGUGCCACCGUGAAAUCUCUCGUUGACGGAUCCUCGUAUCUGGAUCCUAUCUUCAGAAUCACAAUGGAAGAAAUCUCUCUCAGCAGUGAGCAAGUGCCCAGUGGUGAAGGCAAUGAAACUGAGAAAGAAAGAGAUGGUGAGAAAACAGAAUUAGUUGUUCAAAAUGGUUUGACUCAAGGAAGGAAAGAAUUUGUCGCACCUGCUGUGGGUAUGGAAUUUGAAUCAUAUGAUGAUGCUUACAACUAUUAUAAUUGCUAUGCCAAGGAGGUGGGUUUUCGUGUUAGAGUGAAAAAUUCAUGGUUCAAGAGAAAUAGUAGAGAAAAAUAUGGUGCAGUGCUUUGUUGCAGUAGCCAGGGUUUCAAAAGAAUUAAAGAUGUCAAUCGCUUACGGAAGGAAACAAGAACUGGUUGUCCUGCAAUGAUAAGGAUGAGGUUAGUUGACUCCAAAAGGUGGAGAGUUCUCGAAGUUACCCUUGAGCACAACCACUUAUUAGGUGCAAAAAUUUACAAGUCAAUGAAGAAGAUGGGCAGUGGAACCAAAAGGAAGUUGCAGUCAAAUUCGGAUGCAGAAGUGCGGACAAUCAAGUUGUACCGAGCCCUUGUGAUUGAUGCAGGAGGUAAUUCCAGCUUAAAUUCAAAUGUGAAAGAAAUCAGAAAAUUUUCUGAUCAUCCCAAUCAGUUGAACCUUAAAAAAGGUGAUACACAAGCCAUUUAUAAUUAUCUCUGCCGUAUGCAGUUGACGAAUCCAAACUUCUUUUACUUGAUGGAUCUAAAUGAUGAGGGGUGUUUGAGGAAUGUGUUCUGGAUUGAUGCUAGGUCUCGUGCUGCAUGUGGUUACUUUAGUGAUGUGAUUUUUUUUGACAACACAUAUUUGUCAAACAAAUAUGAGAUCCCACUUGUGGCCCUUGUUGGAGUAAAUCACCAUGGCCAGUCUGUGUUGCUGGGAUGUGGUCUACUUGCGGGUGAGACAUCAGAAUCUUAUGUUUGGCUGUUCAAAGCAUGGGUUACAUGUAUGUCUGGAAGGACUCCACAGACUAUUAUUACAGACAGAUGCAAGGCUUUGCAGAAUGCAAUUGCAGAGGUGUUUCCAAGAUCGCAUCAUCGUUUUGGUUUGUCACAUAUCAUGAAAAAGGUUCCAGAGAAGUUGGGUGGACUGCGUAACUAUGAUGCAAUUAGAAAAGCACUAAUUAAAGCAGUUUAUGAAAGUUUAAAAGUGAUUGAAUUUGAAUCAGCAUGGGGAUUUUUGAUUCAGCGCUUUGCAGUUAGUGAUCAUGAGUGGCUUCGGUCUUUGUUUGAAGAUCGAGCUAGAUGGGCUCCAGUUUAUUUAAAAGACACGCAUUUUGCUGGAAUGUCUUCUUCACAGCCAGGUGAGACCCUGAAUCCCUUUUUUGAUAGAUAUGUGCACAAACAGACUCCUUUGAAAGAAUUUCUUGAUAAAUAUGAAUUAGCCCUACAAAAGAAGCACAAGGAAGAAGCACUGGCUGAUAUUGAGUCGAGAAACUCAGGCCCCACCUUGAAAACUCGAUGCUUUUUUGAGUUGCAACUCUCCAAGGUGUACACAAGAGAAAUAUUUAAAAAGUUCCAAUUCGAGGUGGAGGAGAUGUAUUCUUGUUUUAGUACAACGCAGCUGCAUGUUGAUGGACCGAUAAUAAUAUUUCUGGUCAAGGAGCGCGUUCUAGGUGAGGGGAAUAGGAGGGAGAUCAGGGAUUUUGAAGUUCUGUACAAUAGAGCAGCAGCAGAAGUUCGUUGCAUUUGCAGUUGCUUUAAUUUUUAUGGGUAUUUGUGUCGGCAUGCAUUGUGUGUACUUAAUUUCAAUGGGGUGGAGGAGAUACCUUCCAAGUACAUUUUGUCACGAUGGAAAAAGGAUUACAAGCGCUUAUAUAUUCCUGAUCAUGUUUCCAAUAAUGUUGAUGGCACUGACCGAGUGCAAUGGUUUAAUCAGUUAUAUAGAAGUGCCUUGCAAGUUGUGGAGGAAGGGGCAAUUUCGCUAGACCAUUACAAGAUUGCAUUGCAAGCAUUUGAUGAGUCGUUGAAUAGAGUUCACAAUGUUGAAGAAAAGCCUGAACAACUUAAAAUAUGAAGGUGCAAGAUCCUGUAACUAAAUCCAUUUCUUUUUAUUCAAUCUCAUACUGAGGGCUGCUUUAAUCUGUGCUUUUGCAGUGUGUAGUAGUCUGAUACAAAAAUAUUUUUCCAUUGAACUAAUCUUUUGCAGGUUGAAUGUGAAGACAAGAACUUGACUUGGGUUGAACAAACAUCCACUUUCUUCUGAGGAAUUGGUAUUUCCCAUAUUCUUGAGAAUUACAUAGGACAAAUUAUUUUUUGAUGGUGUUUCAGUGCUAUGUUAUGGAAAUCUGGAAGCAUAUGAAUACCUAAAAGAGACUCUACGAGGUGGAUAUGUUUAAAGUUUUGGUGCCUUUACACGGAAAGAUGAAGGAUUAGGAAGAGCUAAAAAAUAAAAAGAGGUCGGCAUCUUUUGGAUUUCUGGGGCAUCUAACACAUGAUAUCUUCAAGUUCUGUGUGGUGCAUUUUUAUUGGAAUCUCUGCACUCUUUGCUUGAAUUUCACGAGUUCGAAACUCCACAUGUAUAUGAUUUUGGUUUGGGUUUUGAUUCAGAAAGCUGAAGCUAUCAAAGUCAUCACCUUUGCCUCUCUUUUUGCCUAACUCCAUUACUUGUGUUAUUUUUCUGGUAAAGUUAUCGUACCGGACCUUCCAGUGAGACAUGAAGUGGCUUUUGGGUCUAUGUUCAACCGUUUAUCAGCCAACAGAAAUGAAUCAACUGUUCUAGGAAGUAUGAGUCAGAUGCUAUAUUUUUGAAAUGCAUGUGUCUGGAAAUGAGAUUGAGGUUCUCUAAACAUUUUCCUUUCUGCAGUUGGAAAGGAAGUGCUUGCUCUCUGCCCAGAGAAACUUCAGAUUUAUUCCUCUCCAACCCAGAAGCUAUAUCGACGUGAUGUACUGGAAAAAACCAGGAGGAAGGCAGGCCAUUUCUUCUCAGUAAUGGCUGAGGGCCAAGGGCUGAGAGAAUGAGGUUGAGGUUGGAGAUAGCAAGGUAAUUAUGCAGGUUUUGUGCAGUUAGAUUGUGUUUGAUGAUAAGAUUAAGAUUAGAGGUGGCAGUGUAAUUAUGUAACUCUUCCUUCUCCAUCAUUCAUUCAUUUUGUUAUACUCUGCACAAUGGUACAUUUUAAUAAACUGUGAGUUCUUGGUGAGUA